AUGCCCAUCCACUCGACCCUGUACCAGAACUUCAUCCGUACAGGAUUAAGCAAAACCUUCACCCACGGCUACGCGCAGUCCGUCGUAGCCGCCACCCACCCCCAUGUUCUAAACUCACAGAACCGCCCCUCGUGGGCACGGCGCAACAGCCAGCGCGUCGGUGGCCUCACCAGCCUGCAGCUGCAGAGUGCCUUUCAUGUGCCGACUUCGGCCUCGACAGCAGCUGCUCCUGGCCACCGCCAGGAGAGGCACAACUCCUUUGGCAACCUAGACGCAUACUUCGAGGCUCUGCAGAAGAAGCGUGACCAAGCCCAGGCUGCCGGCAACGAGGAGGAGGUAGCCGAGAUCGAGAAGGAGUGGACCCAGUUCCAGUUCCCAAAGCCGAUUGAGUGGAAGCCGAGCGCCUCGUCGGUGCUGGUCGAGUCUGAAGCAGCGUCGCACGAUGCUGGACUCGUCGAGGCCGCCCAGGAUGCCACGGACGACAGACCCGUCGCGGUCGCCGCCGACGUGGCGCUGGCGCACAUCGAUGCCGCCCUAGAGAAGGAGAUCGAGGUUCGCAGGCUGCAGGAGGCUCUGGAAGAGGGCACGGCCUUGUCCCUGAGGACGCCGACGCCCUCGCCCGCCAGUGGUGUCCAGUCCAGAGCUGCCACCCCUCCACUCGAGACUCAGAGGUCGGCCAUGCCCGCCAGCAUCGCCCGCACCGCAACUCCGCCAGUCGAUCCCCAAUCUCAGACGUACGCCGACCACCUCACCAAGCUCUCUGAGGAUGGCCGGUACGCGGAGAUCCCGGCCGUCUUCGAGGCCAUGCUGGUCGCCAACGUCAAGCCCAUCGCCAAGUCUUACAAUGCUCUACUGGUCGCAGCCAUUCACAUCCCCGUCGCCAAGGUCGAGGUUGUGUCCAAGGCCCUGGACGUGUAUGCCGACAUGAUGAGGCGCAAGAUUCUGCCCAACAGCGACACAUACAACAUCCUGGUCAGCCUGCUCGCCACCCGCUGCCUCGAGGUCUCCAGCCUGAAGCAGGCGCUCGAGGAGAAGCGGUUACGCUUUGGAGGAAUGGAGGAGCCGGGCAAGUUCAUGUUUGCCUCGACCGAGCUGGAGCACGCCAUCCUGUCCGAAGACGACAGACUCGACUUGGCCAUUAGGCUUUUCGACUCGUCUGUCGAGUUCGACAAGGCCAACUACUCGACUGAGACCUACCAUGAGCUCAUCUCGGCGUGUGCGCAGGCGGGUCGGGUCUCGGACAUGCUGCGCAUGUUCUCCCACAUGGAGAUCAGUGGCGCGAUCCCUUCGGCGGCGACCUUCCCAAACAUGAUCAACGCAUUUGCCAAGGCGGGUGAUCUGACCAGUGCUGUCGAGUGCUACAACGAGUACAAGGAGCUUGCCAUUGCUCACGACAGCGGCAGGUACACGCUUAAUGACCGCCUUGAUGCUGGCGUGUACGCUGCCCUGAUCAAUGCCUACGUGGUUUCGGACAAGGUCGAAGGCGCAGUCAAGUUCUACGAGAAGAUCGUCGGCGAGUAUACCGCCUCCGCAGCAAACAUGAAGGACGCCAUCAUCAGCUCUGGGUUCGUGAAUGGCCUGACGGCGAGAGGUGUCUUCCAACAAGCCCUCCAAUGGGCCCAGAGCAUCGAGACCAACGGCAAGCUUUCCACAAUUGCCCGAAUUGCGGCGGCUGCUGCUGAUGCCGGCGACAAGACGACGGCCGUGGCGGCAUUCGCCAGUCUUCCCUCAUCGUUUGAAAAGAUCGGCACUCCUGCCAUGGCAUUAUUGGCACUCAGCAUCCGCGAGGGCGACGUAGCCGCUGCUUCCCGCUACUGGCAGAUUCUUAGCAACCCCGAGAUCGAAACCAAUGCCUCGUUCAUCGAGCCUACAACCAUGUAUGCUGUGGCCAUGAUUGGUUCAGGUCAGGUUGCCGAGGGCUUGGCUGAGUCGGAGUUGAUGUUCCAGCGCAUCCGAGCCGCCAACCCGCAGCUCGUCGAUGAAGUGGAGGAAGGCCUAGAGUUCAUCCAGAAGUUCAUGUCUGUUCGUGCGAUUGCUGAUCCGCGUGAGGUUGCGUCGGCUGUCAGCUACCCUCCUCAGACGUAUUCGGCAUCGCCCUACCCGUCGACGCCGACUGUCUCGAGCUACGAGGACAACUUUGACCCCUAUGCGCACAACACUGACUUCAAGGGCUCGUCCAUCAUCUCGGAUGAAUUGGAAGGUGCCCACGGCCGCAAGGGGCCCAGACUCAGUGAAGCUCUAGCUCGGUUCAGGAACAUGCGACGCGCUGGACGCCACCCAAGAUACAUUACCUAUGCCAAGAUGAUUUCGGCCGCUGCUCGCGAGAACAAGAUGGAUCUGUGCCACGACAUCCUUGCCAUGGCACGGACCGAUGUACCUCUGCUUCCGCAGUUUGCCGUUGUUCGUUACGGUUGGUCCUCGAUCUUGGACGCUAUGGUCGGUGCCUGUCUUACCCUCGGCGACCGCACCUUGGCUGAGCAGUACCACCUGGAACUUCUCGACAUUGGCGCCGCGCCGUCCGCAAACACAUUCGGCCUCUACAUCACUACCCUGAAGGAGUCGACCAAGACUUUCGAUGAAGCUUCCGAAGCUGUCAAGAUCUUCCACCGCGCCAAGGCUGAGGGUGUUGAGCCUUCCAGCUUCUUGUACAACGCACUCAUUGGCAAGCUAGGCAAGGCUCGACGUAUCGACGACUGCCUGUUCUACUUUGCUGAGAUGCGCGCUCUUGGCAUCAAGCCUACUAGUGUCACAUACGGAACCGUGGUGAACGCUCUCUGCCGUGUCAGUGAUGAGAAGUUUGCUGAGGAGCUAUUUGACGAGAUGGAGGCGAUGCCCAACUACAAGGCCCGUCCUGCUCCUUACAACAGCAUGAUGCAGUUUUUCCUCACUACGAAGCGAGACAAGACCAAGGUCCUGGCGUACUACGAGCGCAUGAAGGCCAAGAACAUCGCGCCCACUUCGCACACCUACAAGCUUCUUGUCGACACCCACGCCACCCUUGAGCCCGUCAACCUGACAGCCGCCGAGGCCGUCUUGGACAUGAUUCGCUCUUCAGGCCAGCAACCAGAGCCAGUUCAUUACGCAUCACUCAUCCACGCUCGUGGCUGCGUGUUGCACGAUAUGGAAGGCGCCAGGAAGAUCUUCGAUUCUGUCAUGCGCGACCCCAGCAUCCCUUCGCAUCCCUGUCUGUUCCAAGCCCUGUUCGAGUCUAUGGUCGCCAACCACCAUGUGUCUGAUACAGAGGCCAUCCUCACCGAGAUGCGACGUCGUCACGUUGAGCUGACUCCGUAUAUUGCCAACACUCUAAUUCACGGUUGGACUAGUGAGAAGAAUAUCGACAAGGCCAGGGCUGUCUACAACGAUGUCAGCCGUGCCAAGCGUGAGCCAAGUACCUACGAGGCCAUGACUCGUGCAUAUUUGGCAGUCGAGCAAAGGGAGCGUGCCAAGACUGUUGUUAGCGAGAUGCUUACCCGGGGCUACCCCAGCGCUGUCGUUAACAAGGUCUUGGAGCUUCUUGGAGGUGGCAGUGGCGAGGAAGCUGUAGCAGCAUAA